AUGGCCGUCGACCAGGGCACCCAGACGGGCAUCAUCCUCACCACGUCUCUCGCCGCCUUCAUCUCCGGCUGGCUGUUCGGCGUCUUCACUACCCGCGGCUACCUCAUCUCGCCCGCGCUUGCCGAGGAACGCCGCCGCAACCUAGACGACCCCGUGGAGAGCGACGAGAGCGACGUCGAUGAGGACGACACCAUUCUCGACCACGCGCCCAACUGGGCCAACGGCGUCGCCGCCGACCAGAGGCAGGGCCUGAGGGCAAGGGCCCGCGUGAGGGGCGUGGCUGAGCCCAAGACGCUGGACGACGAUUCCACCGAGGAGUGUAAGCUCGUCUUGGUGGUGAGGACGGAUCUGGGCAUGACCAAGGGCAAAAUCGCCGCUCAGUGCUCCCACGCCACGCUCGCCUGCUACAAGGCCCUCGCCGGCUCUGCCACCGACAGCGCCCAGCACAAAGUCCUCCGGCGCUGGGAGAAGCGCGGCCAGGCCAAGGUUGCAGUGCAGGUCAAGAGCGAGGCCGAGCUGAUGGACCUGCGGUGGAAGGCUCUCGACGCCGGUCUCACGGCCGAGGUGAUCCAGGAUGCUGGCAGGACGCAGAUUGACCCCGGCAGUUUGACGGUCCUGGGCAUUGGGCCUGCGCCCAAGAGUGUCGUGGACAAGAUCACGGGCCAUUUGAAGCUCUUGUAA